UUUUUUUUUCUACUUUAGAAAUUACUUAGAAUAUAAAUUAAAUUAUUAUAAAAUGAAGCUCUUCACUCUCUCUACUGCUAUUACUGCUCUUGUUGCUGUUGUUACUGCUAAUCCUAUCGGUCAUUUAGAUUUAGCUAAACGUGCUAUCAUUGCUACUCAAACUAUCGUUUCUGGUUCCAGUACCUAUGUUGAAUUAACUGAUGCAUACGAAGUUACUGUUACCGAAACCGUUACAGCUUCCUACACUGAUACUCAAACCUUUACUGAUGCUAGUUAUGUUUUCACUUACUCUGGUGAUAAUUCUUCCAUUAUUUCUAGACUACAAAGCGCUUUCUCUGAUCUUUUUGAUGACUUGGAAGAACCAAUGUCAAGUGAAGAUCUUUCAUCUAUUGCUAGUGAAGUCUCUUCUGCUGCUAGUGAAGCCUCUUCUGCUGCUAGUGAAGCCGCUUCUGCUGCUAGUGAAGCCGCUUCUGCUGCUAGUGAAGCUGCUUCUGCUCUUAGUACUCUUACUGUUGCUACUGAGACUAUGGGUACCGUUGCUCCUCCUUAAGACAUUACUGAGCAGUCAUAAGCUAAUCCAAUAAUUAUUGUUUCCUUUACUUAUUCCCUUUUUCUUUUUUUUUCUCUCUCUCUCUCAUUACACAACACCCUUUCCUCUCUUUUC